AAGCAGAAGCGCGACGGAUGUGGGCAGCAUCUCAACACAGAUAGUCAGAGCUGGCGCUCCGGGUGCAGCUCAUCUGAAAGGCCCAUUGAGCUCAAACUAUGAACCCCGAGGAGCAGACUGUUACGUGGCUAAUAACAUUAGGCGUGCUUAAUUCACCCAAAAAGAAUAUCGCUGACCCAGAGGAAUUUCUGAAAACGUCCCUCAGAGAUGGAGUCGUCCUGUGUAAGCUUAUUGAGCGAGUGCUACCUGGAGCAAUCACAAAGUAUUCAGCUGAACCCAAAUGCGAAGCGGACUGCAUUGCAAACAUUCGGGAGUUUCUAAAAGGAUGCCAGUCUUUAAAGGUUGAGGGCUUUGAUGCAGAAAGUUUAUAUAGUGGGGAGAACUUCAACAAAGUUCUAUCGACACUCUCAGCAAUAAACAUCGCUACUCAAGAUUGCAGUAGACCAUGUCCACAGUCCAGCGCCUCUACGUCUAGCCCAUCAACUCCUUCACAAGCUGCUCCCACCUUAAAGUCCAGCAGGUCCUUACGGAGACAGUCAAAAGCUGUGGAAAUGUCGGAGAAUGGAGGCGGUGGGCAGCUGGUGGUAAAGGCACGCUUCAAUUUCAAGCAGAACAAUGAGGACGAGCUGUCUUUCAGCAAGGGCGAGCUGAUCCACGUCACACGCCAGGAGGAAGGUGGAUGGUGGGAGGGAACACUUAAUGGCAAAACCGGCUGGUUCCCCAGCAAUUAUGUCCGAGAGGUCAAGCCAUGUGAUAAACCAAUAUCUCCGAAAGCAAUAAAAGGGUUUGAUGUUCCUCAGCUGACUAAAAAUUAUUACAGUGUGGUGGUGCAAGACAUCUUAGAACAUGAGCGAGAGUUUGUCAAAGAGCUGCAGACGGUGCUGGGUGGCUACCUGCGCCCUCUACAGGCCAGCGACAAGCUCUCCAGUGCAGACUGCUCCAGUCUAAGUGGGAAUUUAGAGGACAUCCUCUCUUUCCAGCAGGGCCUGUGUCUGACUUUAGAGGAGUGCUCCAAGGUGCCAGAGGGCCAGCAGCGCAUUGGUGGCUGUUACUUGAACAUGAUGUGUCAGAUCAGAACCCUGUAUUUGUCGUACUGCUCCAGUCAUCCCUCUGCAGUGUGUGUGCUUACUGAUCACAGUGAGGAGCUGGACAAGUUCAUGGAGAGCCAGGGUGCCAGUGCUCCAGGUAUCCUGACCCUCACCACCAGCCUGAGCAAACCCUUCAUGAGACUCGACAAAUACCCCACACUCCUGCAGGAACUAGAGCGACACGUCGAGGAAGCGCAUCCCGAUUACAGCGACAUUCUGAAAGCAACAGCAGCUUUUAAAAAUCUUGUGACUCAGUGUCAAGACCUGCGAAAAAGAAAGAACCUGGAGUUGCAGAUUUUGUCCGAACCAGUGCGAGGCUGGGAGGGCGACAGUAUGAAGUCACUGGGUCAGGUGAUCUACAUGUCACAAAUCCACAUGCAGAGCAGCGCAAAUGAGGAAAAAGAAGAGCGAUACUUCAUGUUGUUUCCUAAUGUGAUAAUCAUGCUGUCUGCCAGCCCAAGAAUGAGUGGUUUCAUUUAUCAGGGACGUUUGCCGCUGACAGGAACCUCUGUAACCAAACAGCCAGAGGAUGCAGAGACCAGCCAUUAUGCUUUUGAGAUCACAGGUGGGACAAUAGAUCGGACCAUGGUGUUCUGCAGUAGCUUACAGGAACAACAGGAUUGGUUAGAACAUCUUCAUCCUUACAUCAAGGUAGAAAGUCCAUUUGAAACUGUGCUGAGGGUAACAGGGUUUUUUGCAGCUUUCACCUCUGUCCAGUUGAACAGUAAGUCAUACGUCAUGUUCUUGUGUAUUUUACAGAGUGUUGAUGUUAAACCUUUAACCAUGCCUGGCACGUCUUCCCACCACUUGCACGGUUUCGGUACGACUGCGGUUAACCGAGGACCUCUCGAACCCCCUAAAAUCACCAAGCCCUGGUCUUUAAGCUGCCUGAGACCUGCGCCGCCCCUCAAGCCCUCCGCCGCUCUCGGCUAUAAAGAGGACUCUAGUAAAAGCCCCAGACCCAUCAAGAAGUUCCUCCCCAAGAGAAAAACAGAGAGAAAGCCAUCAGACGACGAGUUCCUGCUUAGAAAAAGUACAGCAGCUCUAGAAGAGGAUGCCCAGAUACUCAAAGUGAUUGAGGCCUACUGCACCGGAGCCAGUCUCCACCAGUCCACCACAGCUGUUCGUAAGGAGUGCGUCCCGCAGGUCCUGCUUCCAGAAGAAGAGAAGAUUAUUGUUGAGGAUAUCAAGAGCAAUGGCCAGACCACCAUUGAGGAGAAAAGUCUAGUUGAUGCCGUUUAUGCCCUGAAAGAUGAAGUCCAUGAAUUAAAAAAGGAGAAUAAAUGGAUGAAGCAGUGUCUGGAGGAGGAACAGAAGUCCCGUAAGGAGCUGGAGCGCGUAGUCAGAAAGUUGGCCAAGCAAAAGAACGACUGUUCCUGGGAUGAAGGAAGUCACUAAAGAACACUCGCCUUUUCCCCCUUCACCAUUCGCAUGUAUGUGUUUCUGUGUCACUGUGUGUCCUUACAACAAUCACAAUACACUGAACGUUGCUUUCGGAAAGUCUCCAUCUUGGGGGUUUUCAGCCGAUUCUCAUCAAAGGUUUUUUUAAGGACAAGAUGCGAUGAGAAUAUUAAAUCUGUGACUUUUUUUAUUCUGACUAUAUGGAAGAAUAUCACUGUGCAGUUUGUUUUCACGCUCCUGUGAAGUGGCGUUUUCAGAACAAAACAGCAGCUGUUCUCGAAGACCAAGUGAACUGCUUAUUUAGGAAGUAUUAAGUGAUUUUUCUUUUUGUGGAGUCCUGUCCUCAACCCUUCAACUUUCCUUCUUGUUCACUCAAGCACUCCAAGAAGAAACAUCACAUAAAAAAAGAUGAUGGGAUUUCUUGUUUUUGAACUGAACAAAUAUCUGCCUCACUUUAUGACUGUUACUGGUCAUGGACAAGAGGAAUCUGAAGACAUGAACAGCAUUCCAACUCAAGCCGCUAUUGCACAAGUAAAUAGAUGACCGUAGACUUCACCGUAUCCAUAAGUAUUGUCCUGUUUCUGCUUUUAUAAUGUGAAAACGGUAGCAUGAGAAAGCUUUUAGGUCACAAGUGAACAAGAUUUAGGUGUGCGAUUUGCUCCUGAUAUAGAUAUGAGAUGCCCUAUUUGCCAUCUUGAAAUGCGUUUGCUUUUUCCUGUUGGGUGGUGUGUUUUCAUGACACCGCUUUGAACUAAACAGUUAGUUUUAGUUGAAAACUUUUGGCCCAAUUUUUUCUUUUUGUUUGUGUUGCAUUUCAAUGUGCAAGUUUAACAUUAUUAUCAACCGGAAACUAUUUAAAAACAAUGACUCCUCUCGCAUCCAUUUUACGUGUUUAGUCUGUAUGGACGAACCAAACAUGCACUGACAGACUACAGCACUGUUUUUAUAUUUGUAAAAUGUUGCUUUACAAAGUGACAUGUUGAUCUACUGGCCUGGCGUGCAAAAUCUAGCUAUUUUAUUUGAUUAUUUUAGAUAUCAAAUCAAAUGCGAAAGCGAAAACCUUUAGUAUUAAUUUGUGAUAAAGAAAGGUGAAUUACCAACCAACUUGAAAGUGAUGGAUCGCCUACAACAAAUAAUUAUAUCCUUGCAUAUACAUUUAGGCUGCGUCCAAAAUCGCCUACUGCUCAGUAGGUAGUACAUUCGAAUUUAAACGUACUACUCAGCUGUUAGAAAAAUAUGUUCUGUAUAGUAUGAAUGUCAGUAGCAUGAAUGGAACUCAGAGGUACUGUACUACAUCUGCUAUUUUGUCAUCGUUACGUGACCUACCCGCGUCAGUUGCAUCGCUUCACUCCCAUUCAAGAAUUCUCUCGUGAUACAUCAUGGAAUAUCGUAGCGUCCAUCCGAUGCACAUUGCAGAAUCAUGUUGGAAGUAGUAGGUCAUCCGGGUACUUCUCGCAUACUGAUUUUCGAAAUCUAUGAAUUCGAAUUCGAACAUACGUACUACUUUACUCGCAUACUGUUUUUAUUGUACUAUAUAGUAUGGAAGUAUGCGAUUUCGGCUUUAGUCUUUUUUUCUGUUUGGCUUUAACCUUUGCACUAUAUAUAUAUCUAUAUAAGAAAAAAAAUAAAACGUUUGGUACUACACACCAACUAUCUAUAAUGCAUAAUACAUUUAAUAAAUUACUGGGUGUCCACUUACCAUUAAGUAUUUUGUGUAGUUCCCUUUCACAUAACUUUUGAUAUUAUUGUGCUCAUUGUGAAUGACCAUUAUUGCCUCCAUGUAAACUACAAUUUAAUUCGUAAAAAUAAUUACAUCACGCAUGACGUAUCGCAUAUGAUAUGUUCAGGCUGUUGGUAUGCGUGAAUCCCUGACAACCGAUCCAACGUUGGUGAAACGGUUACAUUUUUGCAAAUAUACACACAGACAUUUUGUUGUUGUUGUUUUUACAAAGUGACAUCGCCACCUACUGGCCUGCAGUCAAUUUGUCAUUUGGUGAAACUGAUUUGUUUCAAGUACAAUGUUGUCCUGUAAACCAGCCCUUAAUUUUAAGGUUUCCAGUGUUAAUUUUGUCAACAUAAAUAAGGGCACACAUGUUCAUUGAUUACCUUUUUUUUUUACAAGACUAAAGCGAGAUAAAAACUGGAUGGCAUGGAUAUCAUUAGUAACUAACAGCGACUACAUCAGCAUGCAAUAUCAUUGACAAAAAUAAAAAAGACUAAAAUGUAGCCAAAAGAUCAAUUUUUAAGUGAAGUUUAUUUAUAAACUAAUUUCGAGAGGAUCACAUGCUUAUGAUUGCUAGCGGCUGGAUCCGCAUUAUCCAAUUCUCAGUGCACCAAUCAGACGACUCCUUAGCUACUACAAAUACCCUGGACUACGUACCACCGCUAUCUUUGUUUUGAAGAAUCCCCCAUCCACCCCUACUCCUCUUUCUUCCUAGAUGGGUGACACGGUGGCCCAGUGCUUAGCACUGUUGCCUCACAGCAAGAAUGUCUCUGGUUCCAGGCUUUACCAAACCAGCAGACAUUUCUGUGCGGAGUUUGCAUUUCUCCCCGUGCUCACGAGGGUUACUCCCGGGUUCCCCGGUUUCCUCCCACCGUCCAAAAAAAAUGCAACAUAAGUUAAUUGACUAAUCUAAACCGGCACUAUAGACAUGCUACUAGUAAAUGGUUAUCUCUCAAGAGCAAUCAGUGGCUGUUCAUUGGUUAUUACAGCAGGGGAGUUCUCGAGAUCUACCUGAGCUCAAACUCCCCUCUCGCCUUGCAACAGGAGGGAGCCCCGGGCUCGAGGAUCUUAUGAGCUCAGGGCUCUCUACCGGGACAGCAUGCCAAACAAGCUUAUAAUUAAUCAUCAGCUAAGUGUGAAUCUUGAAUUAUAAUCUGCUGGACGAUACUGGCGCAGCAGAGCUUCUGUUUGUUUCCAGGCAUGGGAAACAAACAUUUUUCAUCCUUAUUUUCUUUGGCAAAAUUAACACUGUAACACUGGAAAUAAAAUUUUAUAAUAGUACUCCAGCUUUAGAUUCAACAUAUUCACAACUUUUUUCCCAGACAGUCAUCCUAAAACAUUACUGUAGCGAUGGGGCGAGACAGAGAACCGUGGGAAUGGAACGAGGCCGGCACUUGAGUGAGAACGAGAAACUCCUGUGGCGCACAGAGAAAGAGUUAAGACAGAGAAGGAUGAGAGAGGACCAGGCCUGGACAUAUUUACAUUGUGUUUGUUUUCAGUUCGACGACAGUCUCCGUGAGGAACUGCUGUCUGUCUGUUUGUUUGUUUUUUCUCUUCAAUAAAUUCUUUAAAUUUCGUCGGUUCUUCACCUCCUCCUUCCCGACGGCCAGGAGGCUGUUUAAAAUCCUUACAUUGGCUCUUAUAAUCCAGAGCUCCUCUGCAGGACUCAAGGCCAGUGUGUGCCACGGGUGCUUUUCGUUCUCACUCAAGCACCGCCCUCAUUCCGUUCCCACGGCUCUCGGCCUUGCCCACUAGCCGGAAUUACAUUUACAUGCUUCUGAUAAUCAUCACUUGUGUAUCAGGGACAAAGCUAUAAGAAGAAGUUAAGUUUAUAAUGCUAUACUAAUAUGAUUGAUCGGUAAUAUAAUGUAUGUAUAUCAUAUAUACUUGUAUACAGUAUAAAUAUGUAUAUAUCAUAGAUACUAUGGCAGAAAGAACCAUAUAAAUGUUUUUUCUUAAUUAUAAUAAUAACAAAAAAUACAUAAGGAGAUGUCAACCUCCUUUCUCUGAGGCUUGAAACUGCUUUGUAUGUAUCUUAAACCAAAAACGAUCAAUUAUGAAUGAGAAUUUGGUACUUAGGGCCCUUUUAAGGGUGUACGUGGAAACUUGAGGUACUUCAGGCACUGAUAUUACUCACCAUAUCAUAUUAUAAUGAGAAACGAAUGCGGUUGUAACCCAAUUAAAUGAUUUGGUUUUGCUCUCCUGGAGGUGUGCAGUGCAAUGCACUUUUCUUACUCAUUCGUAGUCUGCCAUAGUCAUGUGUGGCAAUGCGUGGUACGACUUACCUUUUUGAAGUUGCCAGAUUGACUGUAACAAGUUGCCUUUCCUUACCUUUCAUUACCGAUCAUAACCGUGACUAAUGCUUUCAAUCGCUGUGAAUUGAAGAGACGAUCUCCAUCUUUAUGCGAUAGAGAAAUGCAUGCAGAAAGCUGAGAAGGCUUUUUAUUUUUGCUUUUAAAUCCACCAGCAGUCACUUCCGGAGCAUUGCUGUGGCACUUCAAUGCAAUAUAUGACUGUUUGUUUGGUUACGAUUGCUGUGCAUUCAUUCAAGAGCCCGAUUUUCUCUUGGAAGGAGUAUACUGUAUAAUGUAUUCUUCCGAUUAGGCAAUAAGAUGUGCUCCGAGGUGCACAGAUGUAAUGCUGUUACUGUGGUACUGUGUGUAAAAUUGUUUCAUGUUUGUGUGCGUGUUUGUUUUCCAGCAAUUAACCUUGCAUGCCAUGUGCUACACAUAGCCUUAAAUAUUAUUUUAAAGUGUUAACCCUGAUUGUAUUCUUGUUGUUGUUACAAAAACUCCUGAUCUGUCUAAAAUCUGGACAUCGGCAGAGAUAAAUGUGAUAUUUCUGCCCUGGUUUUGAAAUUGAAGUGAGCAGUAUGUAAAUAUGCAUUGAUUUAAUAUGGAAAUGUGCUAUUUCCCAAUGGUGGCUAUGAAAGAAAGUCGAGUUUGUCCUCCAAAUGUUGUCAGGAAAUGAUUAAUAGCACUUUCAUGUGAUCAUAAUGAGAGCCGAAGAACGUCCACGUCAGUUUCCUCUCUUAAAAAAGUGCCCAUGUCUGCAGAGCGCAAGGUUUUUAUUUUUUGCGGAGCUGAUCUAUGCAAUAUGAAUGCUGAAAUAUAUAUAUAAUAUGUUUUCUUCCCUAGUGCUUGUUUUUAUUUUGUCCUCAUUUCAAUAAAGAAUUGUUUUAAUAAAAAUAA